CUACCGCGACCGCUUGUUGAAGAAGAUUCCCCGCUGGCCUAUAGCAUGAGCUCCUCCAGCUUCAAGCACCCGUCGUCCAUCCACAAAACGUGCAAGACGAAAGCGGAAAUGAAACAGUUCACGGAUGCUGCUUCCUGCCCGAUCGUUCCCAACGAGUCCACCAAGGAGAAGGCCAAACUACGUCACAGCGUCGGUGUCUUCAAGGGACAAAAACAACGCACCUACAACAAAUGGCGGACAAGAUUGCUGGCUCACCUGGACCAGCUUGGAUUGAUCUUCACGUUGCGCCGGACGCCCCCGGAGGAGGAAUAUUUCGUCGAGCAAGAUUCAAGCACCCGCGAGGUAAUGCACCGGAUCCGAUGUGAACGUGACUGCGAUGCGAUUGAGGAGAUUUGUAUGUCCAUCGAGGGCGAACCGCUGGAAAAGAUCGCGCAAUGCACCUACGCCAAGGAGGUGCUGGACACCUUGGACAGGUGCUAUCGGGUGAGUGCACCCCAAGAAUCAAACUGAAAGAGUAAGUAAGUUAAAAGCGUAUACCUACGUAUAAGGUAAGUAAAGUGAUUUAUUCAAUUUAAAUAAAGUGAUUUUUUUUUUUUGGAAAGAGCAACAUUAUUAUCUACCAUUAAUCGCACAAGGUGUAAAAGUAGAGGGUUUCGCCAUAGUGACGCAGUUACCAG